AUGUAUAUUGGGCCUUCAGUACUUAUGCAACAAAAACACUCGGAAAAUAAUUUGGCACAGGGGAUCGGAGCAACAAGAGGCAUUUGCGGGCUAAAAAUUUUGACAAACAUCAGAUUCUUUCGCAGUAACUGGCUUUGGAAACAACUACGCCGUUAUUUUCCAAUCGAAUUGGUGAAAACAGUAGAUUUACCCGCCAACCGUCAUUAUGUGUUCGCGACUUUUCCACACGGUGUUAUGACUUAUGGCUGCACCGUUAACAUUACGUAUGACAUUGACAAUUGGCUCGCACUAUUUCCCGGUAUACGACCGAGGCAGACGAUUUUGAAUGCCACCUAUUUGACGCCAUUCUUGUAUGAAUAUUUGCGCCUUUGCGGUUUUAUUUCGGUGUCGGAAAAGUCUUUAAUGCAUUAUUUGACCAGUCGCUGGCAGGGUGAUGGUUUCACGUCUAACGGGGUUUUCAUUAUUGUUGGCGGUGCACAGGAGGCUUUAGACUCUCGUCCUGGCCAAUAUGAGCUGACAUUUUUGAGACGUAAAGGAUUUGUUCGUGUAGCCAUAAAAAGUGGCGCUGCUAUCGUUCCAUGUUUCACCUUCGGUGAGGUGGACAGCUUCGAGCGUUGGGAUGGUAAAUGGGCCUUGCAUUGGCAAUUGUUAGUGAAAUACUUACUGGGCAUAUCGAUAAUACUAGUAAAGGGACGUGGUGGCCUUCCGCUUCCAUUCAAGCGCCGUAUUGUACAAGUGGUCGGCAAACCAAUCGAAGUGCAACAGAAUGAUAACCCGCAACCGGAAUAUGUGGAUGAAAUUCAUCAAAAAGUCAUUGAAGGUGUAAAAGAUUUAUUUGAGACACACAAAAUUCAUUACAUUGAAAAUUACGAAAAUGUUAAACUUGUAAUUAAGUAAUUUUGCUAAUUGUAAUAACUAGAUGAUGCUGUAAUCGGGUAAUUAUAUGACCACUUUGAUUGUUCGUAUCCUUUGUAAGGAAAUAAGAAAACUGUAACUGUUACUCGGUAUAUCUUCGAGUUCUAAAUGAGCUUUCUAAAG